AUGAGUGUGGAGCGAGUUCACCAUAUGGCUAUUUACUCUGACAACACCAACACGGUUGCCUUGUUCGAUACACUGCGAGCACUCCCAGCAUACAACAGCAUUGCGAAGAGUGCAGUUGAUGUCCUCAUCCGGGAUGAUAUGCAGCUACGUGUCACCCAUAUCUUGGGCAAGGACAAUGUCAUUGCCGAUGUGCUAUCCCGGAAACAAUUCACUUUAAUAAUGGAGUUGAUUCCGGGCAUUCAGUUCUCACCAUUUACACCCUCUCAAGAUGCGCUGGGGGCAGCAACGCGCUGA